AUGCCCCAGUGCUGUUUCGCGGGUUGUCACAAUCGAACGGACGAUGGUCGAGGUCUGAGUUUUUUUCGCUUUCCUCGACGCGAUCUGGCAAGAACAGCCGCUUGGGUGGUAGCUUGCGGGAGGAAAGACUUCAGUCCCUCUCAACACUCUCGUGUAUGUUCACGCCACUUCUCUGCGGUCGACUUCGAUCGCGAUGCUCGACACGACUCGCAUGGGGGUGUCCACCGAAGGCUGAGACUUAAGGAUACUGCUGUGCCUACAACCAAUCCCAUUGACAAUCCGUGGCAAAAUACGGAUAAUAUGGCCAGCCGAAAGUCACAGAAGUCCGUCAGCACAACGACCAUCGCAGCAUCAACGACAAUGAAACCGAACGGUGUUGUGGAAGUACCUACUCCGAUUUUAAAGGAAUCUCCCGAAGACCAAAUUCCUAUGUGUACUCCCGCAAAACGGCUUAAAACUGGAGCUGAUGCUCUCGACUUAAGUCAUAAGACCGGCACGAUGGAUCUGCCUAAGACCUCCUCCGACGUCAUCGUUUUAAGUGAGGAUGAGGAUGAAAAAGUGACACCUUCAAGUUCUGAUACCGAAAAAGAGAAUGCCCCUUGUGGAACCAAUGGGACAGAUGUUAAAUCAUUGUUGAUAUCCUUGGAAAAUGAUCUUCGCCAAGAGGAAGCCACUCUUUUGCUCCUUCAAAAAUUGCGUGAGAGUCAGAAUGCGAAUAACUCGUCUAGUUCUCGCCCAGCGUCUAAGGCCACACUCAAUUCUUCUCAAUCUUCGUCCUCUUUGAAUAACAAUGUCAACACGGGUAAUCAGAAACCGGUGUCUAGUCAAAAUUCCUCCCAAAGGCCCUCCUCGGCGGUUCAGCCAACAAAAACUCUGCCUCCUGCAAUACACCAGCCGAGUUCCCCCAUUUCUGCGCCUAAAGUUACGAAACAAGCGGCAUUGCAGUCACUAGAACAGCUUUAUGCCACCAAGAAGGCAGGAUUGCGGAAGCAGCUGGAAAGAAAUUUAGAAAAAGUCAGCCUACCACGACCGACAACUGGAACCGGGUUCUGUGAAAUUGCUUUCAUACCUAGUACGCUCACAACAGAAUUCACAUCCUUGUUGGGUCUUGAGGAGGUCGUUAAAUCGAUCCAGGACUAUGAUCCAUCAAGCAAUGGAAAGCUAUCAGAAACGCGCUGCAGUUUUAAUCCUUUUUCGUGUGUAAAAUGUGGCACCGAUUUUACUCCUGUUUGGAAACGGGAGAAACCUGGCUCCACAAAUGUGGUAUGCGAAGCCUGUCUGACAGCGACUCAGAGGCUUACCCUAAAGAAAGAGUACGAAGAGGCUGUGCAAAAGGUUCUACAACAACACAUUAAUGCGGAACGUGACGUAGAACGGGAAUAUCAGGAUAUUGUGACCAACUCGGCCAAGUUGGAUGCUUACAUAAAGGAGCAGGAGAAAAAGCUAUUGGCCACUCAUCAAGCGCAUCAGCUACAACUUGCUCAGCAACAAGCAGCUUACAGUCAGCGGUACAACAACAAGUCAUCGGUGAGCACACCGACCUCGGGUCUUCGUCAGUCCCCCUCCACAGUUGUUGGAGGUACCUCUGUGGCAGCUGCUGCUCAUCAGCGCUCACGCGUUGCCGCCUCAGUGGCCAGCGGUGCCGCUAAUGUAGCUGGCUCUGCGGCAGUUCCCAACUCCUCCACUCAGGCUACCGUCCAGGCAGCUGCAGUGGCACAAAUAGCCCUCCAGCAGUACGCAAAGGUCAUGUCCGGAGCCUCUACCACUUCUGGAACUUCACCCACUGCCACAGCUGCGCUGAUGAUGGCUGCAGUGGCCAACUCGCAGCAGCAACAGCAGGCAGUCGCGGCUGCUGCUUUGCAACAACAGCAACAACAGCGCCUGGCAGCCGCACAGCUCCUUUCUGGCCUUCAGGCGCAUCAGCAGCAGCAGCAGCAGGCUGUUGCUGUUGCCUCUGCUCCAUCGACCACUGAUCACGCGGCUAAUGCCCUCAGUCAAAUUCAGACUCUCCUCAUGAGCAAUGCUCUCAUCAGUGGAGCGAGCGGGGCCCAAAACACAAACUCGCGUGCACAGUUACUUCAGCAGGCGAUGCAGUACCUCCUGCUGCAGCAGCAACAACAACAAGCCCAGCAGCAAGCUGCGGCCCAGGCAGCUGCGGCUCAUGCCGCUCAGCAGAAUGCUGUGCUCACGCACUUCCUCAGCCAGAUCCAAAGCAAUCCCUCCGCUUACUUCAACCUCAUGCAGCUCUGGGCAGCUUCGGGUCUAGGUGGCGCUGCUGGCAGUGGGGGAUCUGUUCCUGGGAAAAAGUAG